CCCACCCUUAAAUCCCACGCCCACGCCCAGCCUUCCCUUCCACCCCAACCCGCGCGCCAAUCGACUCCCCACCUCGCCUCCUCCGCGCUUCGUCCAUGGCGGCCACGCACAGGGUCUCCGCCGUGAUCUUUGAUCUCGACGGCACCCUACUGGACACAGAGAGGGCAACAAGGGACGUCCUGAAGGAGUUCCUGGGGACCUACGGGAAGUUCCCGGAUGCCGCCAAGGAGGUGCAGAGGCUGGGGCAGAUGCACAGGGAGUCCACCACCGGGAUCAUCGCGGAUUACGGGCUGCCGCUCACUGUGGAGCAGUACUCGGAGGCGAUAUACCCGCUGUACAUGAAAAGGUGGCAAAGCGCAAACCCGCUUCCAGGAGUUAAAAGGCUUCUCAAGCAUCUCCACAAGAACGGAGUGCCCCUGGCACUUGCUUCGAAUUCCAUCAGGAGAAAUAUCGAUCACAAGAUUCUGAAGCUAGGAGAAUUGAAAGACUGUUUUUCUGUGGUUCUUGGUGGUGACCAGAUCCCUCAUGGAAAACCUUGUCCUGACAUAUUCCUUGAGGCUGCAAAGAGACUUGGUGUAAAUCCAUCAUCAUGCUUGGUCAUCGAAGAUUCCCUUGUUGGAGUUCAGGCUGCCAAGGCUUCUGGAGCGAAGGUAGUUGCUGUUCCAUCACUCCAAAGUCAAAGGCAAUUUUACUCAAUGGCUGAUCUCAUCCUCUAUUCACUACUAGACUUCCAUCCUGAGCUGUGGGGUCUUCCCCCAUUUGAAGAUUUCAUUCUAGGCGCUUUGCCUGUGGAACCGUUACUCUCCAAUGCCCAGAUAGGUGAUGUGGUUUUAAGCAAUACUCAUACAAUUAUAGCAGGUGAGCAUACCUAUGAUUCUAUUCCUGAUCAAAUAUCAGGAAUUUUCUUUGGUUGGGCCAAGUCAGAAGCAUAUGGAGUCUCUAAAGUAGUGAUCAGCAUUGGGUGGGACCUUUCACUGCAAAAUGUUGAAAGAGUGAUGCGCAUAUGUUUUCUUGAUUGCAAGGCCAAAACGGGGGAUCCUAUGGAGCUGCUAUUAAUUGGUUACAUCAGAAUGCUCGAAAGCACGGAAAAUAUAUCUCAAGCGUUGAGCAUUACUGACGAGGACCAAGCCACUGCAAGGGGUGCACUAGAUCUCCCAGCUUUAUCUGAAUAUGCAAAGGCAAGGAGUGCUUUGGACCUCCCAGCCUUGUCUGAUUAUGCAGAGCCACAGAACGGCUUUCUUCUCGGCUGACAUAUCAUUUCAAAGGUAUAUUCUCAUGUUAUUAUUAUUAACAAGCAAGCCAAAUUGUGAGUAUCACAUCUCCUCCUUGAAGAUGUUAAGAAUGGCUCGGACAGAAGGAAGAAAUACCGGAACGAAGCUUGGGUCUCAUUCAGGAAGGUGGAAUCUCCGGAUAGUGUCAAUUCCUUGUGUCCUUUUGACAGGCUCAAAUCAUAAGAUUAAUUGUAAUAUUUCGGCCAUCUUAAUUUAUUAUUGUGCGGGCAUACUGGUGGCAAAAACUUUGUACCCGUACAAACAACAAAGUGGGUUAAAUCAUUGUUCACGGGGUGAUAAUUUUGAGCAUGUAAUGUCUGGAAUGAAAUUAGUUUCUGCUUGUGUUGGAUAUUCAGGCAUGUUAAAUUGUGCGAAAUUC